CCCGGGCCGGCCGCGAUGCUGCAGCUCCGGGACGCGGCGGAGGGCGGCGAAGGGGACGGCGGCGGGGACGGGGGCAGCCCCGCGGCCGCGGUGCUGGUGCCGGGGGAGGCCGGGCCGCUGCUGCCGCCCCGGCAGACGCUGCGGCCGGUGUCGGUGCGCACCGCGACCCGCGGCGGCCGCCUGCGGGAGUACUUCGUGUUCCGGCCCGGCACCAUCGAGCAGGCGGUGAGCGAGAUCCGCGCGGUCGUGCUGCCCGCCGAGGACGGGGAGGUGCAGAGCGUCUGGCUGCUGGCGGAGAUCGAUCACUGGAACAACGAGAAGGAGCGUCUGGUUCUCAUCACAGACUGGUCCCUCCUCAUCUGCAAAUACAACUUCAUCAGCCUGCAGUGCCAGCAUGUGACGAGGAUCGCCCUCAGCGCCGUCGAUACCAUCUCGGUUGGGCAGUUCGAGUUCCCCUCUAAGUCUCUGAACAAGCGAGAAGGUCUCGGGAUUCGAAUUCAGUGGGACAAGCAGAGUCGUGCUUCCUUCAUCAACAGAUGGAACCCGUGGUCCACCAGCAUCCCCUACGUCACCUUCACCGAGCACCCCAUGGCAGACGCUGAUGAGAAGGUGGCCUCCCUUUGCCUGCUGGAGAACUUCAAAACUCAGCUCAUCCAGGCUGUGAAGAAAGCCCAGAAGGAGUCUCCGUUGCCAGGAAGGGCAAAUGGUGUGCUUGUGCUGGAGCGUCCUCUGCUGAUCGAGACCUACCUGGGAUUGAUGUCCUUCAUCAACAACGAGGCCAAACUCGGCUACUCAAUGACAAGAGGCAAAAUUGGAUUUUGAAACUCAUUGUGGGGCAUCUUUUCAAGGGCAAGUGAUUUGGUAUGGGGCUGGGGAGAGCAGCAAAACAUCAGAUAAAGUGAGGAAGUCGGGGGAGCACGAGGAGGGUGGAGAACUGGAGGUUCACAGGAGGCCUGAGUUGUUCUGAGAACACACAGGCCAGGUUAAUCUGACACAAGUAGUGUCACUCAUACUGUGUAUUGGAUUUACACAAGGCUAGCUAGCAGCAGUUACUUUUCAUUUCUAACUACAUGUUCUUCUAACUAAAUGUUAAUUAAGGGCAAUGGGAAUCUGCUACAGCCACUCUGCACAAUUUCCAAGACACAGCAAGCCAUUCAUGCCCUGUUGCAGCUGUCUCCCUGUGCGUGGUGUCAAACACUGCAGUGUGCUUGGGCUUCAUUCACAUUGUUUAAAGAGGUGGCAGCGGUCACAGUUCAGGUACCUUAGCGCUUAGAUUAAGGCCUGUGAAGUCAUUCUGUAGCUAACCAGUCAGCUAAGUGUUAAACACCCCUGUUGCAUCUGCUCAGAAACAGUCCAAAUGAGCUAUGCUUGAAUAGGACUUUAUUGGCUUCCUAACUUCUUGUGUGUGUGUGUGCUUGCUGUAGCCACAGAAUAAAGACUUUAUGGAGAGAAUAUUGCCAAAAGCCCUUGCCAACACAUCUGCCUUCAAUGCUAUUAUUUAUAAAACUGAAAAGGAAUCCUAUUUUGAUUAGAUUUAUAUUCUUAGCAGUUUUUCUUAAAUCAAGUCUAGGAGAACAGCAGGGCAGGACUCAUCCUGGAGCCCAGUAAAACUUUGGUGCCAACCUUGAUUUACACUUCACCUUAUACAGACGUCCAGUAAUGAAAUGCAGAAGCAGCAUAAGAGACUGCAACAGCAAUUGUGCCCAAGGUUACUCUGACCACCUCUUUCAUUGCGUGUGACCUUCUAGGUGUGCUGUUUAUCAGAGCAUUUCUCUGCACAACUGCAAUGCUGAAUAAAUGCUGUGCUGCAGUGGUAGAUUUUGGACUAAGAUGUGCUUUUUAUGAAGCCUCUGUAAAGCUGAAAUCAUGAUGGAAUGCAACAAGCUGCAUGCCCCUCAAUUCAUUUUCUAUGAUACCUGUUUAAUUAUAAUUAAUCUUGCAGUAAAGUUAAAUUUUAACUCAA